AUGAAACUUGUAACCUCUUUGAUUGUGUUGCUCAGCGUUGUAGUUGCAUUAACAAACACUAGUAUAUGCAUUGCAAAGGCAGAUCCUCAAAUACCUCGUUUGCCACUCUCGUUCAUUGCUCCAAACGUUACUGUGUCCUAUGCCGAUCAAAAUUUAGUGUUUGUUAAUGCCACCUAUUAUUAUGAUUAUUAUUCAAGGGCAGAAAGAAUUGAUUUGUUGGAUGUUGAAAAGACUUAUUUAACCAAUAGAACCAUUAUCAAUUUUUAUGGUCCUCGUGUCGAUGAUGCUGUCAAGCGUACUGUCAAGAGUUCCUUCAAACAAGUUCCUGUCUCCACCUACGUCAUUGAUUAUCAACAAUUGAAAAUCAACAACAAGUUGCUCACUUUUUACAACUGCACCAAGACAAAUCAAUAUUGGCAAUUUGGAUAUGCCAUGCGCGACAUGCCUUUCUGGAGUGUCAAAGUCAACGACCCUACUUUUAAAGUUUCCUUUGUAAGGUAUGAAAUUGAAGGUGCAUUGAGAUAUGAAUUAUGGCAAGAUCAAUACAAUGGAGAAUCUCAAAUCUAUCGUAUCAGUACAGAGAGCAGAAGUCUUGAGUUUGCUCAAUUGUUGAGCUCUCAAGAUCAUAUGGUUGCUUUGGAUAUUAAGGGAACUCAAAUCCCUUCCGGAGUUCGAAGUGACUAUUUCAAUGUGAAGAAUUUUGGAUGUGAAUAA